GGUCGGCGGCCAAGAUGGCGGCUGCUGCUGCCGGUGUGGGCCGGCUGGAGGAAGAGGCUUUGCGGCGGAAAGAACGGCUAAAGGCCCUACGGGAGAAAACCGGGCGCAAGGACAAGGACGAUGGGGAGCCAAAGACCAAGCAGCUCAGAGACGGAGAGGAGGAAGGCGAGAAGCACCGGGAGCUCCGGCUGCGCAACUAUGUCCCCGAGGACGAGGACCUGAAGAAGAGGAGGGUGCCCCAGGCCAAGCCCGUGGCAGUGGAGGAGAAGGUGAAGGAGCAGCUGGAGGCCGCCAAGCCAGAGCCUGUCAUUGAGGAAGUGGACCUGGCCAACCUCGCACCCCGCAAGCCUGAUUGGGACCUCAAGAGAGACGUGGCCAAGAAGCUGGAGAAGCUGGAGAAACGGACCCAGAGAGCCAUCGCCGAGCUGAUCCGAGAGAGGCUGAAAGGCCAGGAGGACAGUCUGGCCUCUGCAGUGGCCGCCCCCACAGAGCAGGAGGCCUGCGACUCCGACUGAGCCUCGCCCCUGCUCGCCGCCUGCCUUCGCC